UCGAGGAGGCCGGAGAGCGAGGCGGCCUUGGCCCGCUUCUUGGCCAGCAAGGCCCGCUGCCACUCCGGGAGAGGCGAGGGCUCCAUGGCGGCAAGGCCUGAGAUGGAGCCGCCCCGCCGCCUCCUCCUCCUUUUCGGCAGCCAAUCCGGCACCGCCGAGGAUCUGGCCCAGCGAAUCGGGCGCCAGGCCGAGAGGCGCCGCUUCCGGGUCCGCGUCGGCGCCUUGGACGCCUAUCCGGUGGUGAGUUCGAAUCCCGCUUUGCCCUCCCGCUUCCUCUUCCGCUUCCUGGACGACGGCGACGGCGGCGACCAAUCGGAAGCCCCCGAACCCGAGCCGGGUCCCCCGUGCGAAUCCCGCCCCUUCCUGGCCCGGGUGCUGGCCAAUCAGAGAGUGACGUCCGCGUCCCACUUCCAGGACGUCCGGCUGAUCGACUUGGACAUUUCCGGAUCCGGGAUUGAGGCCGCCGCCGGCGACGUCGCCAUGGUCGCCCCUAGCAACGCCCCGGAGGACGUCGCCCUCUUCUGCCGCCUCUUGAACCUGGAUCCAGAACGGCGCUUUGUGGUCCGGGCGGCCGAGGAAGGCGCCGCGCUACCAUUCCCGCUCCCCCAGCCCUGCACCAUCCGGCGCCUAGUGGAAAACUACCUGGACAUCGCCGCCAUUCCCAGGCGCUCCUUCUUCGAACUCGCCGCCCAGCUCUCCCCCGACGAGCGCGAGCGGGAGAAGCUGGCCGAGUUCGCCUCGGCGCCCGGUCAGGAGGAACUCUACGCCUACUGCCACCGGCGGCCGCGCCGGACGACGCUGGAGGUCCUGAGCGACUUCCCCCGGACGGCGUCUGCCCUGCCCUGCCACCUCCUCUUGGACCUCAUCCCUCGCACCCGCGCCCGGUCCUUCUCCCUGGCCUCCUCCCUGCAGGCGCUGCCCGGCCGCAUCCAGAUCCUGGUGGCCGUCGUGCGCUACAAGACGCGCCUGGCCAAACCCCGGACCGGGCUGUGCUCCAAUUGGCUGGCCUCCCUCGACCCGGCGCAGGGCUCUGAGGGCGAAGGAUCCGAACGCCUAGCUUUCUGCUUGCGGGGAAAAGGGGGAAAUCCGCCCGCUUCCUUGGCGCUGCACGGCGCCACCCUGACCCCGCGCCCCGUCCGUGGCUCCAGGUCCUCCCGCCGCCAUCAUCCCUUCCUUCCCAGGAGGAUGCGUCCCCGGGCCCGCCUCAAAACCCCCGCUUCCUCUUCCUGCCCCGCCUCCCGACGUUAG